AUGGCAUCCCAAUACAAUGAGCUAUGUGAGGAGAUCUAUGUGCAAAUCAUGGAAAGGAUGGAAAGGGGCCAUGAAGAGGGAGGCCGAUUUGCUCCUCAUGGCACUGCGAGGAAAGUGCUUCAGCCAGAAGUUUUGCGACGAUUUUUUCGAAGUCUUCAAUUGGACAUGUCAGAUUUUGACCUUGAAGACAAUUUGCUCAAAAUGCGACAACGGAAGCUUUAUGAUUUCCUAGCGAUUCUCAUUUUCACUUCCUGCACUAUCGAGGCUGCUCGAACAUUCACCAUCAAACUAUUGGCUCAAACGACCUCGCCAGAUCUUUACACUCUACCAGCAGAGCGUAAGACGCUCACGGAGAUUUUCGGGGAACAGGUCACGCCGGAUAAAUUUAUGACCCAACAAGCAUGUUUUUGUCCUAUCGUGAUCUGCAACAAAAAGGAAGUCCGAAUUCCCAGCCUGGACCGGCAGUGUUUACCCUACCUGGAGCAGAAAUUUCGUGGGAAAGGAGCGUACGGCACUGUAUACCAGGUGAAGAUUGCCAAGGGCCACUUUUACGACUCGGACAUUAGAGGAACAAAUCAGCAGCCGAAGGAAAUGGCACGCAAAGAUUACCAAUCCACCAAGGAUAUGGAACAAGACAUCUUGAAGAAGAUCCUCGCCUGCGAUCGGACGUGCCCGAAUAUCGUGGAUAUCUACGGCAGUCUUUCCAUUGGCACGAAUUACAGCAUCUUCAUGCCUCUCGCCAUAUGCGAUCUGAGCGCCCACAUGAAGGAGGACAAUCGAACCAGACCAUAUACCAUGGCGGAGAAGACGGACAUAAUUCAUUGCGCUCGGGGUCUCGCACGUGGGCUGGAGUUCCUUCAUAAUGGCAUGAGGACUGCCGAGGGGGAGCGGAUAGUCUGUUACCAUAUGGACCUCAAGCCGAGCAACAUUUUGGUCUUCCUCGGAAAUGUGGGAGACAAGCAGGGAUUCAUCUGGAAAAUCAGUGACUUCGGCAUGUCUCGCCUCAAAUUGAAAUCUCGUCAAGAGGAAACAGACUUCGACAGCUGGUUUGUCCGGUUCCAGCAGCCUAGGGAUGUAUCGGCCUCGGCAACGUACAACAGACGCGGAGAUGGCGGCACUUAUCUUGGGCCCGAGUCCCUUUCACCACAUCGAGCUAUGAGGACAGCGAACGAUAUCUGGUCUUUGGGAUGUGUCCUCAGUACUGUUUUUGCGUAUUUGGAGGAGGGCAGCUCUGGCGUGGAAAAAUAUCGAGAAAAGAGAAGGAACCAUCGAGCCUCGGAUGGUGAUCGGUUCUUCGUCACAAAUUCACUAUUUAGUCGACCAAAGAUCCACCCAGAGGUCACAGAAUGGCAUGACAAACUGAUAAAGAAAGCUAGAAAGAGGAGUCCCAAAGAAGGAGAAGCUUUGAAAUCGAUGCUGGAUUAUCUAGAGCGCGAGGUUCUUCAGCCAGACCAAUUGAAGAGAUGCAAAGCCGAUAAAUUGGAGGAAAAGUUGCUCGACACAUAUCGAAAGUACAAGGAGUUGGAAAACGAAGGGAGCCUAUCUUUGCCAGAGGAAGAGUCUGGUCUAGGCAGUAGGCUCCGGAGAAAGCGCAUCGAUGUGCUCAUAGGCAAAAAGCCCGCCACAGACAGAAGCGUCGAGCGUUGGUAUCUACGUGAACCAGAGCCUUUCAAAGGCUGCGAGAUCUCUCCAGACGGGACUGUUAUUGCGUUUUGGACUGACACCAAAAUUUCGCUUUACACUUCGCAAUCUCUGGAGCAAGACGAGGUUGAUAUUGUUCGCCCGGCUGCAGAAUAUCCGAUCCCCAUACGAGAAUGUCGCUGGAAGAGUAUCAGUCUGACCAGAAAACAUCUGAUAGCUUCUACCUCCGGAGGAAGUUUUCAAUGUUAUAUUUUUAAACUACGAAGGGGGUUAGUAGGUAUGGACGUCAAUCUCAGACAUGGGGAUCGAAUCUCCCUGCCAACACUGCCGGAGAUUAAAAAAGUGGCUCUCGCACCUGGAGGUCAGAGAUUGGCAUGCGUUGUCAGCGACAGAGACGAGGAUCAAAAUGCCGGCUCCUUGUACAUUGGUUCCAUCCAUUCUCCAUACGACUGGCAGCUUGGAAGUAAACUGGAUUGGCCAGCAGCAGAUGUGGUUCAGUUAUCAUUCUCAACAGAUGAAGACCUCCACAUGGUUUUCCGACCACAGCGAAGUGGUCCAAAUCGCAAGCACGAAAUUCCCGUCAUUCAUGUGUCUCUUCGGACUAACCAGCUAUGCCCGCUCAUUAUCGAACCACAAGGCCUUGAGAGUAGUAGUACUGUUGGUCUUUUUACCACUUUCGCUCCACUUUCCCAAAAGCCCCAUGUUUGUGUACUUGUCACCCGAGAAAAACAGUUGCACAUCCAAAGCCUUGCACAAGUGGAUAAGUCAGCUGCUAUACAGGCGGAUAUCAAGAACUACCGAGUGCUAAAGCUCAUGAUGGGCAAGGAUGAUGAGAAAAUAUUCGCCAUGGGGAGGCGCGCGGCCCAUCAUAAGAUGCUUUUAUUGGAGAUUGACAUGCCAGUAACUCAGGACAUGCCAGUACCUCAGGACAUGCCAGUACCUCAGGCAACAAAGAUUUCUGUGACAGAGCUUGCUGAAAUUCCGGGUCUGGCAUACAGCGAUGAUUUUGCAGAGAGAGUCGUUCACGGUGAAAGCGAGAGUGUCGUUAUUCUUGCUGCUUUGAUGGGUGCGAAUCAAUGUGGCAUAUACAAAAUCACUGUGCCUAGUUCUAGAUCGGGUACCUCAGCUGCAGCAUAG